AUGCGAUGGACGGGCACUCUGCGGGCCCUAGUCCCGCUGCUUUCCCUUCAUUUUGUCGACACCUGCAUCCGGACAGUACCCUCAACCGGUUGUGCCGGAUGCUCGACGGACGACAUUACCUUCACCCCAGCCCAGGGAAACCGAACCGGCUCUAUCGAUUCAUCAUUCAGCGGUCCAACCACUAGCGCCGACGGUUGCAUCCAUCUAACAGCCAUCUGCAAUGGAGACGAUGGAUUCGUGUCUUUUAUGCAGUUCAACUACGAACAGGGCGGUCCCGUUGAGAAUCAGCUAAUGGAACAGGUCACCACCGCCCCACUCGAUUGCCGCGAUGGGUGGAUAAGGACGGAAUCGCGUGCAGGCGCUGCUCAGCUAGAUGUCGUCAAGUUCCGGGUGCCUCGCGAUGAUCAGCUCAGCCGUUCGCUCGACCUGGCGACAGAAGAUUUCAAUCUGGUCGUCCCAUUCCUCGAUCGGUGUCUUGCC